GGACUCUAUUCCCGCCCAGAAGGGAGGAUUCAUGCAGAAGAAAUUCCCAAGGAGAUCCUCCGCGUCUCUGAAGUGUGUUUUUUUUAUUGUUUGAUCGGAAGCUUUCUUGGCAGCUUCCUCUGCUUUAUUAAUUCUGCUUACCAGCGAAGGGUUCUUUUCAUUACUUACCUCCUACUUUGUAGCUUGAUCUUACGAAAAUAAAUUUAAUAAUUAUUAUUAUAUAUAGUUCAAUUAAUUUUACAUAAAUCUUAAUUUAAUCGCUUCUCAUAUAAGUCGGGCAACGUGAAAUGAACGAGCUACAGUUCUUACUUGAGCACUACUCUAAACCUCUCUAAUUCGCUCUAUUUAAUCCCCUCUUCUUUGGCUUUUCUUUCCAACCAUAUACAGAUUUUCUCUAGUUUCUUUCAAGUUUGUAGCGUUUCCAUUACUGGGACUUUCAUCAAUGGGGAGAUACUCUGCUGGGAGAGGAAGAGGGACAGGAGGAGCAAGAAACGGUGAGGAUGGUGGACGCGGUCGUGGUCGUGGUCGUGGUCGUUCUGGUGAUCAUCAAUACCGGACUCGUCAUCAUCAACAGCAGAAUUGGGUUUCAGGCCAAGAUGGUCGAACUCAAACUCAAUGGCAAUCGAGUCCUGGCCAGGGUGGCCCUGGUAGUGGUUUUGUGAGGCCCGCACGAGGUGGGCAUGGAGGUAGUGGAGGAGCAGGAGGAGGAAGAGAGGACUGGGGGCCUGCCGGUGGCAGGUUUCAGGGACACACUAGCACUGCUGUUUCUGUUCAUUCACGGAUAGAGCCACAUAAUUCUUCUCCUGAAAAACUUUCUGAGCCAAUUGUUUCAGCAAUGCAAGCAUUAAAAAUUUCAACAUCUUCACCUCCAGAAGUUGCAGGCAAACUUGUCCCAAUUAAACGACCUGAUAAUGGUGGUAGAAAUGAUAGCCGGCGUAUAGGGCUUUGUGUUAAUCAUUUUCCACUUAACUAUAACUCUGGGAGCAUCAUUAGGCACUAUGAUGUUGAUGUCAAACCAGAUUUGCCCUCUAAAAAUGGUCCGCCUAUGAAGUUUCCAAAGGCUGUUCUGUCUAUGAUUCGCAAAAAGUUAUUCUCAGAUGACCCUGACAAGUUUCCCUUGUCAAUGACUGCAUAUGAUGGUAAGAAAAACAUUUUCAGUGCAGUGCCACUACCCACAGGAACAUUUAAGGUGGAAUUAUCAAAUGAGGAAGGCAUGAAGAUCCGUCACUUCAGAGUUGAAGUUCAGCUUGUGAAUGAGCUUCCAUGUAGCAAGUUGGAUGAUUAUAUAAGUGGCAAAACCUCGUCCAUCCCUCGUGAUGUGGUACAAGCUUUGGAUGUGGUCAUGAAGGAGAAUCCAGCAAGGCAAAUGAUUUAUGCUUGUCGAAGUUUUCAUCCAACCAGACCUUGCCCACAAAAUGACCUUGGGCGUGGCAUCACAGCUUCUAUAGGGAUUAAAUAUAGCUUGAAGCCAACCUGCCAGGGUCUGGCCUUGUGUCUGGACUAUUCAGUUUUUCCAUUUAUCAAGCAAAUGCCUGUUAUAGAUUUUCUCAAGGAGCAUAUUCCUGGCUUCAAUCCAAACAAUUUCAGAGGGUUCAUGAAGGAAGUCGAGAAAGCUUUGAAGGGAUUGAAAGUUACUGUGACUCACAGAACUACCAAUGAGAAGUACAAAAUUGCUGGAUUAACUGAUGAGAACACACAGGAUAUUUUUUUUGACUUUGAAAACCCGGGUGAACAGACCCCUCCGAGGAAAGUUAGCCUUGUUUCUUAUUUUAGAGAAAAAUACAACAAAGAUAUUAUGCACAGCAACAUACCAAGCUUAGAUUUGGGGAAAAAAAGCAACAGGAAAAAUUAUGUUCCUAUGGAGUUCUGCAUGAUAGCUGGAGGGCAGAAGUAUGCAAAGGAGCUUUUGGACAAAAAACAAUCAGAAAAGUUAAGGGAGAUUUUAUUAGCUUCACCAAAGGUCAGAGAAAGCACAAUAUGUGACAUGGUACACGAUACAGAUGGACCAUGCAGUGGAGAUAUCACCCAAAAUUUUGGAAUUGGGGUGGAUGUGCAAAUGACAAGAGUUACUGGUCGGGUUAUUGAGCCUCCAGAGUUAAAGCUUCGCACUUCAAAUGGACGAUGGACAAUGGCAACACUUGAUAGAGUUAAAUGUGAUUGGAACCUUAGAAGAAACUCAGUUAUUUCCAGCAAACCAAUUAGGCUGUGGGGAGUACUUGACUUUGGCUCUUUUAGUAUUGAAAAAGCCAUUCCUGAGCUGAUCUCUCGCAGCGAAAGACUGGGCAUCCACAUGGGGCAGCCUCUUUUCUACAAGCGUCUUCAGAUGAAUUUAUUAUAUGAUGUCGAUAAUCUCCAUCAACUGCUCGAAAGCAUUAACAGUGAGUCAUAUAAAAUUGGUGGAACACAUUUGCAGAUUCUCGUUUGUGUGAUGCCUCGGGAGGAUCCUGGUUACAACAAUCUCAAAUGGAUAAGUGAGACCAAAGUUGGUAUCCUAACUCAAUGUUGUUUAACUAAAAAUUGCAAUAGAGCUAAUAAAGAUCAGUUUCUUGCAAAUAUUGCUAUAAAGAUCAAUGCGAAGCUUGGAGGCAGCAAUGUGGAGCUCAGCAAGCAGCCCCAGUGCUUGCAAAGUAAAGGCCAUGUUAUGUUUGUUGGUGCUGAUGUUAAUCAUCCUGGCUCCUACAACUCAACAAGUCCUUCAAUUGCAGCUGUUGUUGGCACCAUGAAUUGGCCAGCUGCAAAUCAAUACAUUGCACGUAUUUGUCCUCAGGACCAUCGAGCAGAAAAGAUUCUCAAAUUUGGAGGCAUGUGUUUGGAACUUGUAAAUGCUUAUGCUAGGCUAAAUCAGGUAAGGCCGGACAUGAUUGUACUAUUUCGUGAUGGAGUAAGUGAUGGGCAGUUUGAUAUGGUUCUCAAUGAAGAGCUUAUGGAUCUCAAGAUGACAUUUGAAGCAUUGAAUUACUUCCCAACCAUCACUGUCGUUGUUGCGCAGAAGCGACACACAACUCGGCUGUUUCUAGAUAGCAACAAGGAUGAAAAUGUGCCUCCAGGCACUGUGGUGGACACAAAAAUUACGCAUCCUUCUGGAUUUGACUUUCUUCUUUGCAGCCAUUAUGGUCAUAUUGGAACGAGCAAGACAGCCCACUACCAUGUGUUGUGGGAUGAAAAUGGGUUUACUUCUGAUGAAUUGCAGGAGCUUAUUUACGCCAUGUGCUUCACCUGUGCUCAAUGCACUAAGCCUGUCUCACUGGUGCCUCCAGUGUGGUACGCUGACCGUGCUGCUUAUAGAGGUCGGCUUUACCAUGAUUCAAUUGAGUGGUAUCAGUCUUCAGCUUCAACACCAUCUUCAUCAUCACCACCUUCAAGAUCAUCAAUGGCUUCUUUUGAUGAGCAGCUGUACAAGUUGCACCCUAAUCUGGAAAACUCGAUGUUUUUCAUUUGAGGCAUCUCCUCCUCUUUUCACAAGAAGGGACAGGAGAUAGAUACAAGUUUUUAAUCAAGAUUGCCGAGUUGCAUUUCCAAUCUACAGGCUGGAAAAGCAGUUUGUGCGUGAAUCUAAUGGGGUUGAAGUUUGUGUCUUUCCAGUAAAGUGUUUCCUCCUUAGUUUUCAUGGAAUUUGAUGCCAGAGCCAUGUGAAUUUAGAGGGAUAUAUGUGUUUUGCGUUAUUUUGUCAGUGUUUAUUUGGAUUAAGUUUGUAUCUGAAGUCUUAUCACAUCUGUAACGGUUGUGUUUGGAUGUUUUGCUACUGGUCCUUUUGAAGUCUGUCAAUGUUUUUCUUUUCCUUGCUGCCUCAUAUACGAGUUGAGCAAGGAGAUAGUGUAGUAUUUGAUGCUACAUUGCUAGUCUUAUCAUUGUCAGUGAAUAAAAAUACCAUUACUGGUUUCUUUAUUACCAUCUUCAUAUGAUUUGAAUAAAUCUGUACCACUCAAAACCA